AUGGACACCGGUGUUCUUGGGCGUCUCGCCCUCUACCUCGAUACCCUAACUAUCCCUUGGAAAGGAAUGAUUCUCGGGUUCGGUCUUGCUCAAUAUUUUUUCGAAACUUUUCUUUCCAUCAGACAGCACUCGAAACUCCAGGAAACAAGACCUCCUAAGGCACUACAGGGUGCUGUUAGUCAAGAGGACUACGACAAGGCGCAAGCAUAUGGAAGAGCAAAAUCGAAUUACGGUUUCAUUACUUCUCUCUACAAUCAAGCCACAAAUGUCGUUAUUAUCUACUUCAACUUACUACCAAAGCUCUGGAACUUAACCGGUAUCUGGGUUAUUAAAUAUGCUCCUGCCCAAUUUUCUGGGGAAAUCUCCAAUUCACUGGUCUUUUUUAUGGCGUUUAACCUCAUUACUACGGUCAUCGAUUUGCCCUUUUCGUACUAUAAAACUUUUGUGCUUGAAGAAAAGUUUGGUUUCAAUAAGCAGACAAAGAAACUGUUCUUUACCGAUCUUAUCAAAAACCAGGUUCUUAUUAUUACAAUGGGUGGCCCUAUUCUUGCUGGGUUCUUGAAGAUUAUACAGUCGUUCGGUAGUAAUUUCUUUUAUUAUCUCUGGGUAUUCAUUUUGGUUGUUCAGGCAUUUAUGAUCACUGUCUACCCAAUCGUCAUCCUCCCAAUGUUCAACAAAUUGACGCCUCUCGAGCCUGGGAAAUUGAAAACCGAAGUGGAAGCUCUUGCGACCAGGUUACAGUUCCCCCUGAAACACCUGUAUGUCAUUGAUGGAUCGAAAAGGAGUGCGCAUAGCAAUGCGUACUUCUACGGGCUACCAUGGAGCAAGCAUAUUGUCAUAUACGAUACAUUGAUCGAGAAAAGCGAUGUCAAGGAGGUUGUUGCUGUUCUGAGCCAUGAGCUUGGACAUUGGAGUGAAGGACAUACCACCAAAUUGUUUGCUAUUGCUCAGUUUCACAUAUUUUAUAUCUUCGCGCUAUUCUCCGUCUUUAUCAAUAAUGGUUCGCUCUACCGCGCGUUUGGCUUUCACAGGACGCAGCCUAUCUUAAUUGGGUUUUUACUAUUCAACGAUAUCCAUCAGCCCCUCGACACGGUUGUUAAGCUUCUCAUGAACAUUCUUUCGCGAAAAUUUGAAUACGAGGCCGAUGCAUUCGCUGUCAAGCUAGGAUACUCCAGUGACCUAGCUAAAAGCUUGAUCAAAUUACAAGUCCAGAAUCUCUCAACAAUGGAUGCAGACUGGUUAUAUUCCAGUUAUCAUUUCACUCAUCCCAUUCUCCCUGAGAGAUUGAGAGCCCUCGACUGGAAAGGUGGUAAAGUUGAGUAA